AGUCCUGCUGAGAUACGGCAUCUUUUGGGCAGUAAAUUAUGCAUUUCUGAAACAUUUUCACUCACUUUUGACAGAUUUGAUGAAAAGGAGAAUGUAUCAAACUGCAUCCAGCUGAAGACUUCAGUUAUUAAAGGAAUUAAGAAUCAACUGAUAGACCAGUUUCCUGUUAUUGAACCAUGGCUAAACCAGAUCAUGCCAAAGAAAGACCCAGUCAAAAUAGUAAGAUGCCAUGAACAUAUAGAAAUCCUCACUGUGAACGGGGAGCUCCUGUUCUUCAGACAAAGAGAAGGGAUUUUCUACCCGACGCUAAGGUUGCUUCACAAAUACCCAUUUAUUCUACCACAUCAGCAGGUUGAUAAAGGCGCCAUUAAGUUUGUACUAAGUGGAGCUAAUAUAAUGUGCCCUGGCCUGACGUCUCCUGGAGCAAAACUUUACCCUGCUGCCAUUGAUACUGUUGUUGCAAUAAUGGCAGAGGGAAAACAACAUGCAUUAUGUGUGGGAGUAAUGAAGAUGUCAGCUGAGGACAUUGAGAAGGUCAACAAAGGGAUCGGUAUUGAAAAUAUCCACUAUUUAAAUGAUGGCCUUUGGCAUAUGAAGACAUACAAGUGAAACAAAAGGAACUGUUACUCCAAAGGAAUGCACUUAGAUUAAAUGUGGACUGCUUUGUAAUUCCUUAUUUUUAAUGUGACUGAAUGUACAAAUUAUUUUGUUCUGUGGCUAUGCUAAAUAAAUCAAGUGAAUGCGAAAGU